AAUUUGUAUUAUAGGAACAGUUUGGAAUGGGCACCUCCAAUAAUGGUAGUAGCUGUGGUAACGUUAUUCGCGUCGACACUGGAUUUAAUGGCAGAUUUUCUUGUUUGUAGUAGAAUUGCAGAAUUCCUUGGGAACUUCCAAAGCAAAAUAGCUAUUGAAGCAGCUUAUGGGUAUUUCUUCUUCACUGGUGUCUCCAUAUUUGUGUACAUUUUCGAAAUGGUUGAUGUUUGCCAAACGCUGAAAUACGAGGAGGAGAACGUGUUCUUUGCUCGACUUGCGAAAAGCUUAGUUUUGGCACUUGAAGAGGUGCCUUUGCCCUCGUUGAUGAAUGUGCUGUUCACGCAUGAACCGCGGCUAUCGCUUGCUGGUCCUGUGUUCUUCUCCUCUUGCAUCAAGCUGGUUGCGCUAUGUUGGGGUUUGGUGAAGUUUACUAAACUCCGCUUCUUUUGGCCAUGUCUUCCGCUCAACCCGAAGCAUGAUACGCGAGAGAAUGUUCGACGAUGUUUUACGCUGAACCUCUAUCGCUGCACAAUGAUCAUCGUGAACAUCUGCCAUCUCUUGGCGAUUUAUAUCGUCAUAAGAAAUAUAAUCGCCAGCAGAAAUGGUGGACGCCCAAUUGUUGUCAAAGAUGAGACGGUUUAA